CUGCAGAAAAUGCUGCAAAAUAUUUGUCGCAUCUGUGGAAACGAUACUGAUGAAUCAAAAGCAAAAAAUCUAUUUGCAAGAAGUUCGCGUCUACUUUUGACACAAAUAAAAGUACUCACCGGCAUUUUCUUGGACUACAAAUCAGAUUUACCUGAGCUUAUAUGCAACAUCUGCCAAAACGAUUUGAAGUGUGCCAUAGAAUUUCGUGAGCGUUGCCUGCAUAGUCACAAAAGAUGGAUGCGACAUCCCAAAGGAAAGGCCGAUCCUGCAAAAACGAGUCCGCCUCCUACUCAUGCCAUUCGUAUACGUCGGAGUGCACGCACCCGUGCACGUAGUGCAAGCGAGAAUAGAGAACUGCCGUUGAGUCCCAUCGAAGUGCUAAUCAAAGUGGAACACCCAAAUGAUGGGGAUGAAGAUGACUGUGUUGAUCACUUGGACACAGAAACGUGUAAUGAACCUGCGAUCGUUUCCUCGCUUGAGGAUGAAAGUUAUGUACCUUCAAUUGAAACAAAACGACGUCGACGAUUGGCGAAAACCACAAUUUCGAAACAGCCGCGCACUAAACAAAAGCUACCGGUGUUCUUCUGCGAUCAAUGCGGCAAUAACGUCACGGGCAAGUCAGCUUUUGACCGACAUCUGCGUAAACACAAAGGCAUAAGGCCCUUCCAGUGCGAGCAGUGCUCUGCGCGAUUUCUCUCAGCCGGCGAGCUAAAGGGUCAUCAGGUGAUGCACACUGGGGAUCGUAAAUUUCCAUGCCGAUACUGUGAUCGGACCUAUGUCAACUACAGCGGAAGACUUCGUCACGAGCGCACUCACACCAAUGAGCGUCCAUUUGUGUGUGCGCACUGCGGCAAGGCGUUCACCAACUCCUAUAUACUGAAAAAUCAUAAUCUGGUGCACACUGGCGAGCGUUUGUUUAGAUGCGACUUAUGUGAACGCUCAUUUUCACGGCCAACUCAUCUGAAGACUCAUUAUCGCUCGAAUACUCACAAGCUGAAUGUGGAAAAGUCAUGUGCAUCACAGCCGCCGGCUGCAAACUUGAAUGUUUUAGACCCUUUAAAUGGAGUCAUCUUGCCACAAUCUAAUGCGGAGUCACAAGUUGUGGUUCCUGUUACCGUUGAAGUGCCUUUGAAGCAGUGAAGCUGCGGUUCACAUUUCCUAGUUAUCUUAGCCUGUUUAAUGUUUUAUUAGGACUAAUUGAUAUUUGAUUAAAUAUUGGUGUAACUUUGACCAGAAAGAACAAUAUUUGAUUCAAAAGUAAACACAUGGAAUAAUUAAUAGUGUAUGU